GUUUCCGACAGAAACAGAUCAGAGAUGGAUUAGAUCGAGAAAAGAGGAAAAAAGGAAAAAAGGAAAAAAAAAAAACCAAACAAAAAGGAAAGGUUGAGAUCUGAAAGAAGGAAGAAGCUAAGAAAGAAAGAAAGAAAAAAAGAAAGAAGGUGGUGGAAGCAGAUAACAUGUCUGCGAUUGUUUGCGGUAGCAAGAGAUCUCUGUUCGAGGAUUUGUCCGCCGCUUCUUCUUCUUCUUCUUCUUCCUCGCCUCCCGUCUCCAAGAAACUCCGUUGCUUUUCUUCCUCUUCUCCCCCUCGUUUCCCUCCUCCUCCCUCCUCCUCCUCGCUCCUCCUCAAUCACCUCGCCGCGAUUUUCCCCGAUAUGGAUCAUCAGAUUCUUGAGAGGGCAAUUGAGGAAUGUGGAGAUGAUAUCGAUUCUGCUAUUAGAUGUUUGAAUCAGCUUCGUUUAGAAUCAACCAAUAAGAACUCAGAAUCAUCUAUCCAGGAGGAAGCAAAAGUUGAAGCUCCUCAGCAGCAGCAGCAAGGGAAGGAGGAAGUCUUGAACAUGGAUGGCGCUGAGUGGGUUGACCUCUUCGUCAGGGAGAUGAUGAAUGCUUCAGACAUGAAAGACGCGAAAGACCGUGCUGCGAGAGCGUUAGAAGCUUUGGAGAAGUCAAUCAAGGCACGUGCUGGUGGUGCCGACGCAGCGGCGGCGGCGCAGAGCAGUAGUCUCCAGCAGGAGAACUCGAUGCUGAGGCAGCAGUUGGAAGCUAUCGUCCAGGAGAACAGUUUACUGAAACGAGCGGUGGUGACGCAGCAGAAGCGGCAGAGAGAGAGCGAAGAUCAGAGCCAGGAGCUGCAGCAUCUGAGGCAGAUGGUCACUCAGUACCAGGAGCAGCUGAGGACUCUUGAGGUCAAUAACUAUGCUCUCACGCUUCAUCUGAAACAAGCGCAGCAGAACAACGGGUCAAUCCCGGGACGGUUUCAUCCUGACGUGUUCUAAUGCUAUUUGGAAGUCGAGAGGAAUGCUCAGUCAGACGUAUAUCUAAUUUCAGUUUGCAGUGUUUGUUGUAUGUUUCUUCUUCUUCUUCUUCUUCUUCCCCGUUGGCUUGUGACUUAUCUUUAUUAUACAUGAAUUAUGGAGUGAUUGAUGAA